AUGUCUGCGACUGAAACUUCAGAGAUCCUGGCACAGAGCCGUACUGUACUUUUUGGGCAAUCUAAUGAGGGCGAAAUCUCACUGUCAACCAUUCAUACAUUACUUACUCAGAUGGAUUCAAAACUAUCGAAUAUUGAAGUAAAAAAUGAAAGGUUUGAGACACGAUUGUGUGAAAUUGAAAAAAGAAUGACCUCAUUAGAGACUAUACAGACAUCAAUAAGUGAACUUAAAUCAUCCUCUUCAAAGCUUGAUACUGAUGUGAAAAAGAUUAGAAAUGAUUUUGGACAGCUUGAAACUAAUGUGAGCGCAUUAGGUAAUGUGUUUGACUCGGUGAAAGAAACAGCAGACAAAAAUAAAAAGACCGUUGAUUAUGUCAAGAAAAACCUGGACGAGUAUACAGUUACUCAGAAAACAUUAGAAGAAAAAUUGACAUCAGAAGUCCAAGCGUUAAAAGAAGCCAAGGAAAGACUAGAAGAAUCUGUGACGGAUCUCAAAGCCAGAUCAAUGCGGGAUAACUUGGUAUUCUCAGGGAUCCCAGAGGACCAGGAUGAGGAUACAGAGGCUGUGAUUCAGAACUUAAUACGUCGGAGAUUCAGGCUUGAUUAUGACAUUCCUUUCGAGCGAGUGCACAGAAUGGGCAGAGCAAAUGAAUUCAGCGAGUGGCCUAGAAAUAUAGUAGCCAAAUUUACCUACUAUAAGGAUAGGGAGUACAUCCGGCAAAAUGCAGCCCGAAGAUUACAUGGAACGAAUGUGUGGGUGAAUGAACAAUUUCCCCAAGAGAUCGAGAAUAGGAGAAAAAAACUGUAUCCAGUCAUGCGCCAAGCAAAACUCGACCACAAACGUGUAAGCUAG